AUGACAUAUGGACUGUUCUUUGUGAUUGGGAAUGCGAUGGCAGCAGGCUACCUUGUCCUCUCCCUUCCCUUCUCCAUCAUCAGCAUUUGUUGGCCACAAGCAGUCGGUCUAUGGCUUUUGCUCCUUAUCUUUGACACUGUAAUGGUAGGCCUGACUACGGCUGCUGCCUCCGCAGCUGCGGCGAUCGUUUAUUUGGCUCACACUGGGAGCAAGAAAGCAAAUUGGGUUGCUAUCUGCCUACGCUUUGAUGGGUUUUGCCAACAUAUUAGUGGUGCAGUUGUGGUCUCAUUUGUUGCAGUAGUCCUCUUCAUGGUCUUGGUUGUGAUGUCUGCUCUUGCUAUGAGGAAGCAUUAG